AUGAACCUCGCUCUCCCUCCAGGAUCUACAGUCGUCGUGACGGGAGCCAACGGCUACCUGGCGUCACACACCAGUAAUGAACUGCUCAAAUUGGGGUACCGCGUGCGCGGCACCGUUCGCAGCCCUAAACCUUGGCUAAAUGCGUUUUACGAGAGAGAGUACGGGCCGAACAGGUUUCACACAGUUCUCGUGCCGGACUUUCGUGAUCCCGAGGCAAUUGAGGCUAUACUGACUGGCGCGGAUGGGGUCGUACACCUGGUGACCAACCUCCUUCUCUCCCUGCGGACACGAUCCACACUUUCCAUGUCAUCGUUCAUUUUUCACUUGUACUGCUUCUCCUUUCCCAAUCUACAACCGUAUGUCUCUAACGUGGUUCCUUGGUCCCGACAAGCAACGUUGAGCGUCUUACAGGCGGCGUCACAAGUGUCUUCCAUGCGUAGGGUGGUGUUCAUCUCCUCUUCAAUGGCGUUAUAUACUCCAAACCCUGGACAGCAAGGCGUGUUGGUCGACCAAGAUACCUGGAAUGUGUCCGCUGUUCUCAAAGCCUUAUCGCCCUCUUGGAACCUUAAGUCGCAAAUACAUGACUCCGCGCCCCCAGGGGUGCAGAAACGGCAGGUCGAGGUAUACAGCGCCUGUAAGAUGAUCUGUGAGUGGGAGGCGUGGGAAUGGGUGCGCUGCCACCGACCUGCCUUUGAGUUUAACACUGUAGUCGCAGCGUUUGCGGUCGGCAAGAUCCUAAUGGACGAGAUCCCCGGCUCGACCAUGAACUGGGUACGCGGCCUGCUUCACGGUGACUGUACCCCAAUGACUCUUGUUCCACCCAAGUGGUUUGUCGACGUCGAAGAUAUCGCCCGGCUGUUUGUGAUUGCUUUGCUCGAGCCGACAGUGGCCUCGGAACGCUUGUUCGCCUUUGGUGAGUCGGCCAACUGGACAGAUGUCCUCACUAUUCUGGAGCAGCUACAGCCCGAGAACCCUUUGAUUCCACGCCCGAUGCCCGGGGAGUUGCACGAUUGCGCAGACAUUCAGCCCCGCGGGCGGGCGAUGCAGUUGCUUCGCGAGUUUUAUGGCCAACCAGGCAUGACGCCUAUUGCAAUGAGUAUUGCCCGCGGAAUUGGGUGUGAGCCUUUGAAGAACUGA